AUGGCGUAUCAGCAACCUUUGAUCAUGCAAGCAGACCAUGUCAACACUGACAUAUCAUACAACACCAGCGCGACGGGGCUGAAGCCCGGUCAUGUGGCGCUGUCGGCUCUGCAGAACCUGAUCCAGAGGCUGCCGAAGGCGGAACUGCACUUGCACAUAGAGGGCACCCUCGAGGUGGACAUGUUGUUCCAGCUGGCUCGCCGCAACGGGGUGCAGCUGCCCUACGCCGACGAGGCGGCGGCGCGUGCCGCACGCUCCAAUUUCACCUGCCUGGAGGACUUCAUCGAUCUGUUCACUGACGUCAAUGUGCUGCGCACAGAGCGCGACUUCUACGAACUGGCUGCGGCAUACCUGCGGCGAGCAGCUGCUGAGAAUGUAAAGCACGUUGAGAUGCAGUUCGACCCCCAGGGCCACAUGAUACGCGGCAUCCCAUUCGCCACCGUUUACAACGGUCUGUCCCGCGCAAUCCAGGAGUCCCCUGUAGAUGCGUCCCUUAUAUUUGCAUUUGAGCGUAGCCGCAGCCAGCUGUCUGCAGCGAAAGCGCUGAUGCAAGCUGUGCCGCAUCUGAGCGGCAUCUGCGCCGUUGGGCUCGCGGGGCCCGAGGUGGGCAACCCUCCAAGCAAUUUCAAGGAAGUUUUCGGGUCGGCACGGCUGCUGAGGCUGCACAAAGUGGCGCACGCUGGCGAGGAGGGCGGCCCCUCCUACGUGCGCGAGGCCCUCAGUCUGCUGGGUGCGGAGCGCAUAGACCACGGCAUCCGCUCCCUGGAGGACCCGGCCCUGGUGGCGGCCAUGGUGAAGAGCCAGGUGCCCAUCACGCUGUGCCCGCUGAGCAACGUGAGGCUGCAGGUGUACAAGGGGCAGCUGGAGGAUCGCAUACGCCAGGUCCUGGCCAGCGGGAUGCGCGUCACCAUCAACAGCGACGACCCGGCCUACUUUGGGAGCUAUGUGUCUGGCAACUACGAGUGGGUGGCGGGCAUAGCUGGGCUAGGACCAGAUGACCUGGCGUCGCUGGCAGCCAACUCUUUCACGUCGAGCUUCAUGCCACAGGUUGUUUGA